UAUUUGACAAGCACUGCCUGCAGUUUAUCUUUAACUACAACUCUUCUUAUUAUUACUAUAGAAUGGAAACCUACAUGAUAAUAUUGCUUCUUGCAGUUGGUUUGUAUACAGUAUUCCCAAGAAACGAGAGAAGAUUAUUAGUUUUGCUGAAACUGAAGGGAUCGGAAAAUGAACUUUAUUCUCUCCAGAAUAUAGAUGAUAUUUUGAAGAUAGAGAGAAAUUUAGAUGGACAUUUAGGCAAAGAUGAUAAACUGACAGUUGACUGGGAAUACGCUCUGGUGUCGAAAAGAAUAUCUUCUGAGGAUAGUGUAGAACAGUUGUCUAGAUAUUUUAACCAACUUACAUUUAUCAAGAAACUAGAGAUUUAUCCCUUUGAAGCAGCAGAGGGUAAACGGGUACUUAUAAACUUUAUCAUCAAAAUUAAAGGGCUUUUUGUGAAGUAUGUCACAGGCGAAUCUUUGUCUCCCAGAGUAGGAACUGGAAAGGAGGCAUCAAGUUUUCUAAAUGAGCUACGAACACAGAUCUGCAGUGAACAGGCCAGGAGUCAAACAUAUUCAUCAAUCAUGGUCAAUAUAAUGAAGAAAAAAGACCCUGAUGUAUUUAGUAUUUAUGAGAACACCUGCCUUUUCAAACUAUUUCCUUUGGUUGGAGCGACCAUUUCACGGGUUGGAAUCCCUCACUCUGAAAACUGGAAUAAUAUUGCCGUGGUUGAAUACGAGUCAAGAUCAGGCUUUUGCGAUAUGUCCUUAUCCACAGUUAUGGAGGCUAACUUGCAAUACAAGAAAGAGGGAUUGAGUGACGCACAAACAUAUCUAACUCAUAGAAUAACGCAUAAAUAGUUUACAUUAAUAUUUAUAUACACUUGUUAAUAAUCAAUUGAAUAAACGUACCAAUAAGAUAA